UCGGGAAUCUAUCUAUUAUUGGUCGAAGAGGUGACGGCUACUCCCACACUGUCUGACCAGCGCCCGCUUCCCUUGCCGGGUUGUAUAUAAAGCGGGAGCGCGGUCAAGACCAUCGCAUUAGACCAUUUGCAAGCUGACGUUAAGGAAAUUUUUGUUUUGAACUGCUGCCACAAUCAAAUAGUCCACGGACACUUUGAUUCCGCAGCGUUAUAUUUGUGAUCUUGUUAGUGCAGUGUACGCACUGUGUGACCUUUAACGUUUUCCCGUUCUCCGUACAACUUUUUGAAUAACUCCUAUUAUCGUUCUCUUGUACUAUCUUAUAGAUGGUUAGAGACAGAUAAGUUUUUGGUUUCAUCAAUUAGUUGAAUUGAUAUAAAUUUUGAAGCACUGUCAUAAGCUUUUGCUUACACAGUACAGUUACUUUUUGCUUGCAUUUGUUUUUAUUUUGGUUGAUUAAUAUCGCCAUGGCCCCAAGCAAGACUGCCCUUAAGAAACUCACUAAAGAAGAGCUGAUGGACCAUUGUCGCGGCCAAGAAGUGGAUGACUCCGGCACCAAGAAUGAUAUGCUGAUUCGACUGUACGAUCAUUACGGUAUGGAGAAUUCACAGGGCUCUCACGACCGGUCUCCUUCAGUGGUGGAAGAACCAACUCCCGAUCCUGAUUCCGUUACCAUCCUCGGGGAAACACUGCAGCUUGCUGAACAAUCGGUCAACGAAAUCCUCAAUGCCGGAUUUGCCACCGUCAAAAAAUUGCGUCGACUGGCCCUGUGUCAGGAUUUCCCGUCUAAUCUGAAGUUCAUCACCAUGGACGCCGACCGCAUGGAAGUGCAGUUGUUUAUUGGGCCACGGCAGCAGCGCGCCAACACCGGCGAUCUGCGUAGUGUCAUCGACCAACGCAAGGCCAACAACACCGACCGGGCGGCUAGCAACUCAUCGCGCAACAGUUCCCGUCGACGCUACCGUCCCAGCCGCAAUCAACAACGCAGCGAAUCCAACACCAGUGGAGAUUCAACCAAUUACUACGAACAGCAAUUCAAUCAGCCGGCUAUCCCACCCAUGCCAUUUCCACUCAUUCGUUUCGCCGCGGCGCCGCAACCUAUGCCGCGACCAUGGAUGUUCCAACAGCACUACUGAAAUGCCAAGGG